AUGUCGGAGCAACCGCUCCUCACGCCAGAGUGCACCGACUCAAAUCCCACUACAGACUCCCCAACUGCAAUCCCCGAGCUAUCUACCUACGUCGCGACCGAUGCCGAUGAAAUCCUCGUUGCCCACCGGUUAAUCGCCGACAGCGUCGCGCAACAGCGCCAACUCGCCGCCCGAGCGGUCAUCUUCCACCCUGGGUGGCUCGGAGCCAUGGCCGCCGUCAUCGCCGUUAUCUACAAGCUGUUAUACCAUGACUCGUCGGAUCUCCCCUUGAUCGGAACUACGGGGGCAGGAUGUGUGAUGGCCGGGUUGACGCUGGUGCGCGUGUUCACGGGCGGGUACAUUGAGCACGCCGAGCAUGUAGGAACGAGGGCAUGGUUGGAGGCGGAGGAUGGAUCGGAGGAGGACGAGCAAGAUAUUUUGGUGACCAAGUUUGGAGAGAAGAUUAUCGGCGCGCUCGUUGUCAGGGGUGUCCGGGAAGGUCGCAAGGUGCACGGCGUCAUUCGGGCGUGGACGGUGCAGCAGAGGUAUCGCGGGAAGGGAGUCGGAACGGGUUUGCUCGAGGAGGCGAUUCAGAUCUGUCAGAAGAGACGGUGGAAGGGGCCUGAGUUUGAUGAGAAGCAUGCGAAUGCGAAAAAGGUCUUGCCAGGCUUGUUCAAUGAGCCGUUUGAGAGGAGAGAGAGACGGGCGCGGGGAGCACUGGAGAAGCUGCUGAAGAAGAAAUAG